GAUCCGAGCUCGAAACAGCAGCGGCAGACAGUGCGAGAAGAGAAAAGAGCUGAGCUGAGCCGAGCCAAACUGAGCUUAGAUGUAGCGUAGCUUCCUGGGACUUGGUGUGAUCGGUCGUGUGUCACAUUUACCGAGGAACGUUGGUGCAAAUUUCUCCGCAAAAGGAAAUAUCCGCCUGUCAUUCUUGCACAAUGUCGCUGUAUGAAUGUGCGGCGUAAUGCGAUCGAAAAGAGUUGCCUUUGCGGGCAAUCAUUUAUGUUUUGGGGCGUUUUUUCUGCGAGUAGCUAGUUGCUAGUGCUGGCUAGCGGCUGUUGCGGCUACUUGGGACGUCUUUUUGCAAGGAUGCUACGAUGGCUACGACAGCAGCUGGGCUUUGACCCCCCACAUCAAAGUGACACCAGAACGGUCUAUGUAGCAAACAGGUUCCCCCAACAUGGGCACUACAUACCUCAACGUUUUGCUGACAACAGAAUCAUAUCGUCAAAGUAUACUAUUUGGAAUUUUGUCCCUAAAAAUCUGUUUGAGCAGUUCAGGAGGAUAGCCAACUUUUACUUCCUCAUCAUUUUCCUUGUCCAGUUAAUGAUCGACACUCCGACUUCCCCAGUCACAAGCGGUCUGCCUCUUUUCUUUGUCAUCACAGUCACGGCCAUCAAGCAGGGCUAUGAAGACUGGCUGAGACACAAAGCCGACAAUGAGGUGAACGGGGCUCCCGUCUUUGUGGUCCGCAGCGGAAGCCUGGUCCAGACUAGAUCCAAGAACAUCAGGGUGGGGGAUAUCGUUCGUGUAGCCAAAGAUGAGACCUUCCCGGCCGAUCUGGUGUUGCUCUCGUCCGAGCGUUGCGACGGCACCUGUCACAUCACCACCACCAGCCUCGACGGCGAGACCAAUCUCAAGACGCACUACUCCGUGGCGGAGACGGCCGUGUGUCAGUCGGUGUCGCAACUGGAGACCUUGCAGGCCGUGGUGGAGUGUCAGCAACCCGAAGCCGACCUCUACAGGUUUGUCGGUCGAAUGACGGUGACUCACCACGGCGAGGACGUUGUCAGACCGCUGGGGCCGGAAAACUUGUUGCUACGAGGAGCCAGGUUAAAAAAUACCAAAGAGAUAUUUGGUGUUGCGGUUUAUACCGGCAUGGAGUCCAAAAUGGCCCUCAACUACAAAUGCAAGUCUCAGAAACGCUCUGCCGUAGAGAAAUCUAUGAAUACCUUCCUGAUUAUCUACUUGGGCAUCCUGUUGCUGGAGGCUGUCCUCAGCACCAUCCUGAAGUACGCCUGGCAGGCUGAGGACAAAUGGGACGAGCCCUUCUACAACCAAAAGACUGACCAAGAGAAAAACAGCAGCCCGAUCCUGAAAUUCAUCUCAGACUUCUUGGCAUUCCUGGUUCUCUACAAUUUCAUCAUUCCCAUCUCGCUCUAUGUUACUGUGGAGAUGCAGAAGUUCCUGGGCUCCUUUUUUAUAGGCUGGGAUUUGGAUCUUUACCAUAAGGAGAGUGACCAGAAAGCUCAGGUCAACACCUCAGACCUCAACGAAGAACUCGGCCAGGUGGAGUACGUGUUUACCGACAAGACGGGCACGCUAACGGAAAACGAAAUGCAAUUCCGAGAGUGCUCCAUCAAUGGGAUCAAAUAUCGGGAAGUGAAUGGCAAACUCGUGCCGGAGGGUCGAACGGAUGACUCACCAGAUGGCUCCGCACCCAAUUUGGUAAUCUUGGCUCGGGUGUUAGUGAAUUUCAAAUAUAAAUGUGCUCAUUGUCUUCCCCCUGCUCUCCCCAACAUUCAGGACGGGGAGGAAUUGUUAUUCUUUCAAGCGGUGUCGUUGUGUCACACGGUCCAGAUCAGUUACGACCAGCCGGACUGCCUUUCCGGGGCUGGAGACCCGUUCUGCCACGUGAACGGAUUUUCUGCCAACGAAAUGGAAUAUUAUGCCUCUUCACCUGAUGAGAAGGCGCUCGUAGAGGCAGCCAAGAGAAUCGGCGUGGCCUUCACUGGUAUCAGAGGCGAUACGAUGGAAAUCAAAACUUUUGGCAAAGCAGAGAAAUACAAACUGCUUCAUGUGUUAGAGUUUGAUGCAAACCGCAGAAGGAUGAGUGUCAUACUCGAGACGCCUGCAGGUGGCAAAGUGCUGUUCACCAAGGGAGCAGAGUCGUCCGUGCUACCUUUUGCCACUAGCGGGGAGAUAGAAAAGACGAGAAUUCACAUCGACGAGUUUGCCUUGAGAGGGUUACGAACGCUGGUGGUAGCAUGUCGCCACUUCAUCCCCGAAGAUUACGUUGAAGUGGAGCGAAUUUUGAACAGCGCCCGCACCGCGCUGCAACAGAGGGAAGAGCGACUGCAGCAGGCCUUCGGCGAGAUCGAAAAAAACCUGAAAGUCCUCGGCGCAACCGGGGUGGAAGACAAACUCCAAGAGAAAGUUCAGGAGACCAUCGAGGCUCUGCGCCUAGCGGGAAUCAAAGUCUGGGUGCUGACGGGUGACAAACACGAGACGGCGGUGAGCGUCAGCCUGUCCUGCGGCCACUUCCAUAGAACUAUGAACAUCCUGGAGUUGCUGCAGCAACGCUCCGACAACGAGUGCGCCGAGCAGCUCCGACGACUGGCCCGGAGGAUCAAAGAGGACCACGUCAUCCAGCACGGACUGGUCGUGGAUGGAGCCAGUUUGUCUUUAGCGUUGCGGGAACACGAAAAGCUCUUCAUGGAAGUUUCCAAAAAGUGUUCAGCGGUGCUUUGCUGCCGCAUGGCCCCGCUGCAGAAGGCAAAGGUGGUGCGUCUUUUAAAAACCUCCCCAGAGAAACCAAUCACCUUGGCAGUUGGGGAUGGCGCCAACGACGUCAGCAUGAUUCAAGAAGCCCACGUUGGCAUAGGGAUCAUGGGAAAGGAAGGUCGGCAGGCCGUGAGAAACAGCGACUAUGCAAUCGCCAGAUUUCGCUUUCUGGCCAAACUGCUCUUGGUCCACGGUCACUUCUACUACAUUCGAAUAGCCACACUUGUGCAAUACUUUUUCUACAAGAAUGUGUGUUUUAUCACGCCACAGUUUUUAUACCAGUUCUUCUGCCUGUUUUCACAACAAACUCUGUACGACAGCGUGUACCUGACGCUCUACAACAUCUGCUUCACCUCGCUGCCCAUCCUGGUCUACAGCCUCUUUGAACAGCUCGUUCACCCGCACGUUCUGCAGAGCAAGCCCGUCUUGUACAGGGACAUCAGCCGCAACUCUCUGCUAUCGGUGCGGACGUUCCUCUACUGGACUCUGUUGGGCUUUUGUCACGCCUUUGUCUUCUUCUUUGGAUCCUACAUAUUGAUGGGCGAAGACACCAGCCUUUUGGGCAACGGACAGAUGUUUGGCAAUUGGACAUUUGGAACGCUGGUCUUCACGGUGAUGGUUAUCACAGUCACUUUGAAGCUUGCGUUAGAGACUCACUUCUGGACAUGGAUGAACCAUUUUGUGACGUGGGGCUCCAUCGCCUUCUACUUCAUCUUCUCUCUCUUCUAUGGAGGAAUCAUCUGGCCGUUCCUCCACACGCAGGACAUGUAUUUUGUAUUUGUGCAACUGCUGUCCAGCGGCUCCGCUUGGUUCGCCAUCAUCCUCAUCGUGGCAACGUGCCUCUUUCCGGACGUGGUGAAGAAGGUCUUCUACCGACACCUGCGGCCCACCAGCACGCAGAAAAGUCAGUCUUUAUCAGCCCCCCAGGCCAAGGCGCUCAGCUGCGUGGAAUCCUUGUGCUGCUACCAACACGGGCAAAGCGGCUGUUCCCGCCUGGUCGGCCUCCUGGAGCAAAUGAGCGGACGUUGCCCGCCCGCCGGCGACCGUUGCGAGUCAUCCGGCCGCAGCAACAGGUCUUGGGCUGACGGAGACAACUUCUACUCCAACGAUCGUAGUGUCCUGACGCUGUCCCCCAUCGAAGUCGCCCACUGCUGAGCUGCCCCCCUCCUCACCCCCCACCCCACCCUCCCUUCUAAGCUUACUUAGUCAUGAGUCCAUUGCGGAAGUGGACUCAGCUGAAGCUGCUGCUCCUGAAACCAAAGGACUGCUGGGCACCUUAAUAAUUGAAGGUCCUCAGCAGUGCAUGAACUUCAUUUGAGGAGACAACGCUGCUUGAAGGACAUUGCACACUUCAUGGCCAGCUUGCACUAUGACACUCCUUGCCCUCAUUGCUAAUACAAUUCAGUACGUCGUCAUCUUUCUCACAUGUAGUACUGGCUGACAUCUGCCCACUACUAGCGAAAUGCUACCAGUGUGGAGAAACGUCUUACAGUUUUGGACGUCUUACUAGUAAGACAAUUCAAUGGAUCGAACGUGCUGAAUUGGCAUCCUAGUGAGGACAAAGCGUGUACUCAUACAUGGAGCUCAAACGUCUUCCGUUAGCACUCCCGUUAGCCGUUGGAUGGACGGCAGUCACGGCAGACGUUGGCAUCUUGUCCCAAAAAGCGCCAUGACCUUCGUUGCUCCAUCCACAUGCAAGCUGCACUUUCUCCUUUCCAGAUGGACGUAAGGCCCCUCUCGUAGCAUCCGGCAGUUGUCGCCGUCCACGCUUUCCCUUGGGACCGCCGCCACUGGCCGAAUCCUUUCCGUGUCGAUACCAAAGAGCUGCGUUCUCUUUCGUGCCUACUCGCACACAUGCUCGUGCGACUUGCUCGUCUCGAUUCUCCCGACCUCAAGGUUACGAAAGCCAUAAUUUCUUUUCAGGAAGCCCGCUUCUUGUCGUGACUGUAAAUAGAGGGCGGCUGUCGUGUUCUUUGCCUUCUUCACUCAGCCCGAUAAGGCCAGAUGAUGCUCGGUCGUGGUUUGCGAUGGACGCCUUGGGUAGGCGGGCUGGCUCUUGACUGACGAAUGUUUCUGUCUCCCCUCAAAGUCAUCGCGUUCAUUAUUCAUUUCAUUUGUAUUUGUGCUUUGGAUCUUCUGUGUUGCUUUCCACCUGGUGGUGACGACGCCCGUGCACCUCGGUGGCCUCGUACCACCUGGGUCUUGUGUUGUUUUUUUUAUACAUCCAAAUAAUGCAAAUCCAUAAAUCAGGUUCGGGUGAGUUUGAGAAACCCUACAAGACAACCGUUUUAAACACACAACGAGGUUGGGGUUGGGAUGAUCCUCCAUUGGAAAGCCUUCCACGGUCUGUUAUGUUUUCCUCUGUUUUUGUGACAUGAUUGUUUUUCGUUGUUUGUGUUUGUUCCAUCGCAAUACUGUUAAGUCAGAGUGCGACGUUGCCACGAUGCAAGCAUAUUGUUGAAUUAAACCAAACACGUGAACAAUAUGCCUCCUUUUCCACUCGCACGCGUUAGCAAUGUGCAUUUGUUUUUCCCCUCACCCUGUGGACCUCAUUGCAUUGUAGCUGUCACAGGACCGACUGACAGCAAAGUGCGCUUGCUCAAAGGACCACAUUUUGCACAUGAAGGUCAAUCGUUUUAUUUGUUCAGUGUUGGGCAAACCCUUGUCAUGAUGUCAUAUGUUCCUUUUGAGCACUCAUUAUUACACCUGAUCGGCAGAUGCUUAGCUAGAUCAAACUGUGCUAUUUCUAAAUUAUAUUCACCAAGAAUGUAAGUCUGUACUUAGGAAAUCUAGUUUGAAUAUACAAAAGAAGUUCUUGGAAGGUCAGCUGAAUUAUAAAAGGCAUCCCUCAUCUGAGGAGCCAUAUAGACCAAUGCAGUUUAUCUUUUUCUAUCUAUAUAUCGAUCUUGAGGAGAUCUGAAGGCUGCUUAGAUGUCACCAAAGGUUCCAUAGCUGAUUCUAGGACAUAAAUUAUUUUUGUGUAAUCCAACUGAAAUGCUCUCUAAUUGGCCAGCGAUAUGCGAUGCAUGUAUAUUGGCCCCUAUUUGAAAACAAAGCCCCUUUCAAUGAAUGCUACGUGCAGUUUUAUUUUGCAGUGACAGUGACUGUUCAAUUCAUUCGGGCUAAAUGUUCACGUCACCAGAAGAGUGAGAGUCAAUUUGUUCUGAUACGAGUUUAGUCUUUGCAGGGCUAAAUUAAAUAAGCUGGCCAAAUGAAAAUGUCAACCAAGCAUUUGGACUCGUGCAGAUAAUCACAUUCGUCACUCCUGUUGGCUGAUGUCUGUUGCCAUUCCUCUUGUCUGUAAUACUGUCUCACAGCUAUAAAGUUUAUGGAAAUGCUGUUCUAUUUAUGAAAUAAAUACAUUUCUAAGAAGAA